AAAUUUCAAAAGAAAGGCAGAACCUGGCUAAUGCAUUGCUUCCACUUGGCUCACGCACACUCAGGGCACAGUCCACACAGUGCAGUGCUGGAACUGCGCCUGUAAUUCUAUCCCUGAGAGAAGGGUGAGUCCCGCACAAGGAUCCCAUGGACUCCAGAGCGCAGUAGUGUCAGACUCUGUCAAGACCUUCACGGGAGUUUCUAAUGUUUUGACAGUGACAGCGGAAGAGGUACGUUCAGCGUUGCGGCUCAUCUGAGGACUUUUUUUCCCAACGAGAGACGAAACCAUCAUGGAGGCCAUGGAGGACCAAGAUUACACAUACUUUGACUAUGACAAUGACACCAACUUCAGCUACUAUGACUACCACACGGUGUGUGACAAGGAGGAGGUCCGCUCCUUCGCCAAGGUAUUCCUACCCAUAAUGUACGCCCUGGCACUGGUGGUGGGGUUGGCGGGAAACUCACUGGUGGUGGCCGUCUACAUUUAUUACAAAAGGCUGAAGACCAUGACGGACGUGUACAUCCUGAACCUGGCGGUGGCUGACCUGCUGCUGCUGCUGACGCUGCCGUUCUGGGCGGUGGAUGCGGUGAACGGCUGGGAGCUGGGCGUGGGCAUGUGCAAAAUGACCUCCGCCCUCUACAGCAUGAACUUCGGCUGCGGCAUGCUGUUCCUGGCCUGCAUCAGUGUGGACCGCUACCUGGCCGUGUCCAACGGAGCCGCGGCCAGAGCCGUCAGACGGAGGCACUGCCUGCUGGUCUGCCUGCUGGUCUGGGUGGUGGCCUUCGUCCUGGGCCUGCCGGACAUGGUCUUCACCACCGUCAAGCAUGGCGUGGUCAGGAAAUCCUGCAUCCCUGUCUACCACACCAGCAUGGCCCGCCCGACCAAGGCCACCUUGGAGAUCUUGGAGGUGGUGCUGGGCUUCUUGCUGCCCUUCCUGGUCAUGAUAUUCUGUUACUCCAGGGUGGCCCGAGCCCUCCAGAACAUUCCGGACGUGACGCAGGGGAAGAAGUGGAGGGCCUUCAAGGUCCUGCUGGCGGUGGUGGGCGUGUUCAUUGCCACCCAGCUGCCCUACAACAUAGUGAAGUUCUGCCGGGCCAUGGACAUCAUCUACGCUCUGGUGACCCAAUGUGAGGUCAGCAAGAGCCUGGACAUAGCCAUGCAGAUCACAGAGAGCCUGGCCUUGAGCCACAGCUGCCUGAACCCCAUCCUGUACGCCUUCAUCGGGGCCUCCUUCCGCCAGCACGUCCUCAAGGUCAUGAAGAGCCUGGGCCAGAGGCGGAGGCGCUACCGCCACAGAAACGAGCCGCCGGUGGAGAUCUCCCUCAACUCCCACUCCGCCUCAGAGGACACCACCACGUUCACCAUGUAAGGGGCUGAGGUUGUGGCACUGCGUGACCGCGAGUGGCAGCCGUGCGUGCCAGGGACUGCAGGAACUAAGCACCUUACGUAGAUCACACUCAACAAAAAGGCUUCAACAUAUUUGCAGACCAUGGUUCACAUAGCGCACUGAUUGUACAGCACUACAGAUUAACCGAUUUAUCAGACUAUGUGAGACCUGUAUAUUUGUGUAUUUGUAUAGUUUCAUAGAAUAUGUACUAAAAUGUCAAGUGAAAAUGACAGAUUUGUAUGAUGACCCUUGAUUUCACUUAUUUAUGUAUUAUACUGAAUUAUAACGAUAAAAAUAUUUGAAAAAAA